AUUUUUUUUAUUGACUUAUUUAACCCAUACUUUAAUAAAUGGAUUGUGUUUAGAUUUACAUGACUAAUACAAAGAGAAUAUUCAUGACCUAUUUAAAAUUAAUUUAGAAUCUUAAUAUGCUAAAUAGACCAUAAAUGUAUUAAAUAUGUUAUAAAUAUGUCCAACAGACUAUUAACAUAUUAAUGAGUUAGCAUAUUUGAUUCCAUUUGAAAUGUAUCAAUUUAUAUAUGAGUUAUACGAGUCGUUCGUGUUGUAUCAACCCAUCUAUAAAUAGAUCAUAUUUAGAUUUUAUUUUUUGGCACAAUUAUUUAUAUUUAGGUUGGGUUAAUAUUUAUAAUACAUGAAUCUCGAUAUGAUAAAAACAUAACAUAUGUACAUAAAUUGUCAUCCUUAAUUAAAAAUAUUAAUUACGGAGACUUAUUAGGAAAUACUAAUAAUCAACACCAAAUUUAUUAGGACCUUUUUAAAAGAAAAUGUAGUAAACAUGUAUUUUUAAAAUAAAUGUCGUUUUGUUUUGAGCUCUAGAUGCAGGUCUAAUUUGCCUAAUUCAAACCGACCCUAAUAUUACUAAUAUCUACUAUUAUGAGGUAUCCACUGGUAAAAUUAAUAUCAAAUUUUAUAUAUUUUAUUUUAAUAAUAUUAUAAAAUAUAUGAAGUAUUCAUAAUACAUAUUACUAGCUAGUAGCUAGUGUAUAAUAAUAUCAAUACUUACUAUAUAAUAGUGAAUGUGUUGGUUAGUUUUAUUAGUAUCCACAUGGAACCUUGUAUUGCAUACAAGGUAUGGCCUUGUUAAUUAUAUAAGUACAUAUAAUAUAGUAGUGUCAGAUUGUCAGUUGUGUCUAUCAACUUUCAUUCUUGUAGAUCUAGAUUGAAUAGUCUUCUUAUAUAGAUAGAUACCACUAGAUACCCAAAAAAAAAAAUUAUAUGAUUAAUAAUAAUGUCAUAAAAUAAAUACAACAACUAUCAAUAAAAACACCACAUAGAUGAUGGUGCUUCUUGUUUUUAUUCCCAACUUGUGCUCCAUAUUUUUCUUCUAUUCACAAUCAUUGUGUUUGAAUAAUAAUUUCUUUUUCUUCUUCUUUCACACUAUUUUGGAAUGAAAAAUAUCAAUUAAUGAAUUAAUUAAAAAAAAAUUGGCCAAAAGUGGGGUGCUUCCCAAAAUGCCAAUUGGCUUGAAAAAAGAUUGACACUUUCACACCAUUUCUUUAAGUUCUAAUCUAAGUCAACUUUAAAAACCCAAUAUGCUUGUUUUUGUAACUAGCUAAGGUUACAAUAAGAUUUUUUAAUUUUUAUUUAUAAAGUUUGAUUCUUUAUUGGAUUGAAUUGAAUUGGUCUCCCACCACCUAUCCACUCAUUAAAUUUUAAAGGAUGAAAAUGAUACAUUUUUCUUUCUCUUCUUUCUUGGUCGGUUUCUUGAAACUUUCACAAAUAAAAUCUAACACUUAGAAAAGAAAAAGAAAAAAAGAGUAAAUGAAAGAAGCUUUUAUUAUAAUUACUUGGAAAACUCUUUAUUACUUUUAUUUGCUUUGUAAAGUAAGAUUGGAUUGUAGAAAAUAUUAUUUAAAUUCAUUGGAUACCACAAAAUAGAUAGAUAAGCUUAUAUGAUCUAGAAACUAUAUUUAAUUCAUUAGAUAGAUAAUAAGAUAAGUCUUACUUCAUUUUAAACUUGAAGUGUUUGGAUAUGUAGACAAGGAUAUUGGGUUGUUGAGAUUUCCUAACACAACUAAGUACAUCAAUUUAUAUAGUUCCAACACGUAUGAGACAAAUGUUGUUCACUUAAAAUUUCACUCAAAACUAGGAUUUUAUUACUCAAAGUAUAGGCUCUAAUAAUGGGUGUAAAAUUGGGUGAUUACUAAUUUUUCAUAUUUGUAAUAAAUUAAAAUAUGUAAGAAUGGAUAUUAAAUUGUGUUAAUAAUUGUACCAUGCUAUAAUUUUAAUAGUCUCUAAUCACACAUAAUAGAUUUAAUAAUGCCAUCACUAAGCCACAUGACAUUAUACUAUGAUUAAGCACUAAUCACAUACAAUUAUAAUAAUAAUCUCUAAAAAAUAAUAUAAUUAAUAAAAGUAAAAAGCAAUUAAGGUGGUCAAAAUUGUGGGAUUAGGAAAUGAAGAGGAAAUUAAUUGACAACCAAUACUAUUUUUUUUUUGACAACCAAUACUAUUGAAGCCAUGUGAUUGGGUCUAAUUCACCAAUCCACUAAUUCAUAUAAUAAGAGCAUUGUUAUAGUAUCACUGUGUCGCUCAACGAUUGAUUAGUAAAUUUUUUAAAAUUUAUUAUCUUAAUUUAAAUGAGAUUUGACACUUAAUUACAUCAAUAAUAACCUAAAAAAUAUUAUUGGACUUAGGUUAGGCCUUGAAAUUUAGUGGCUAUAAAAAAAUAUUCUUGAGCCCUUAUUUUAAAAAAAUGUAUUUUUUUUAAAAUCAAUAAAAAAUAUGUAAUUUUAAGAGGGGAAGAUUUUUUUGGCCCAUAACUUAGGUGGGCCCUAGACACAAGCCUAGUCCGCCUAUGCCUAAGGUUGGGCGAAUUGAUGCUUUUUAACAUUUCUCAUAUAAUAAAUUACACAUAAAGUUGGUACACACUUAUGUAAGUGAAAUUCAUCUUAAUUGGUUGAUCCAAAAUAAUUGUAUUAUAUUUAAUACAAAACAUAAUUUUAUAAUAUAUUUACAUUAAUUUUUAAUUUGUGUUUGAGUACACAAUUAUAAAUUUUGAUAUAAAAUUUAACUUCAUCAUUAACUUUAUUAUAUAAAAUAAUAAAAAAUAAAUAUAAAAAGUUAAUAGUAUAAUGUAAUAAUUAGAGAUAAAAUAUUAAAAAUGACAUAAAAUAAAUAUAAAAAUAAUAAAUUUAUUGUGAUGUAAAUUUUGUAUUAUAUCAUUGUAAUUAAAUUUAGAUUAACUUUUACAAAUUUAAAUUAUUUUUGUUGCACACAAUUAAAAUAAUUUUUUUUAUAAAAGUGAACUAUAUUUUAAAAAUAAAUCACCAAUUUGGCUCCUAGUGUCAAAUUUGUGUAAGGAUAUAAUUUAUCCUAAUCUAUAAUAUCCCAAAAUUUCCCUUUUAAAAUUUGAUAAGAUUUAAUUGAGUAAUAAAAACAAACAGUUGGUGUUCAUAUUCAUAUUAUUAUUAUCAAAAACCAAAAAAGAAAGAAAGAAGAAAAAUCAAAGCCAAAAUUCACCAUCAUUCGUAUUUAUGUGGGGACCCUUUUGCGUGUUUGCUUCCGUAAUCUUCAUGGGGUGGCUGGAUUUUAUUUCUUAAAUGAAAGAAUAUAUAUAUAUAACAAGUCCAAUGUAGACUCUGUACUCUCUGCACUAUCCUUUUUUUUUUUUUGGACAUUAAUGGUGAUUAGACAGAGUCUAUCUUUUAAUAGCAGAAAGAAACCCCCUUUUGAGCUCUGAUUCUCAUUCAAUAUUCCAUUUGCUUUCAAAUUAGUUGUUGUUGUUGUUGUUAUUCAUCCAUGACUGAACAGAUGAAACAAGGUUCAAGGCACCAUUCGGAGAGAAGUUGGGCUGAAUUGUGUUGUUUCGAUUGGUCGUGCCUACAGCUCUUCUGGCCCAAAGUUGUGAUGAGGAAAUUGUUGAAUAUCAGUGAUAAGAAUUCAGAUUAUAGUGCCGAUCCUGAAGAAGAAGACGAUGAUGAUAACGAUUCCGAUUCCGAUAAUGAUUUUUCUCAACGUUCAAGGAAAUCAAGGUUUGGGAGAGAGAAUGAAGAAGAUGAUAGAAUGGAUGAUCCUAAUGAUACUCUUCCAAGGUUGCGAAGACGAAAAUCAGAAACAUUUAGAGCACAAUAUAUAAACUCAAAGGAACUCAGAAUAUGCGUUGCGACAUGGAAUGUAGGAGGAAAACUUCCCCCGGAAGACCUUGACAUUGAUGAAUGGAUAGGCAUCACCGAUCCAGCUGAUAUAUAUGUGCUCGGGCUUCAAGAGAUUGUGCCACUAAAUGCUGGAAAUAUCUUUGGUGCUGAAGACAAGCGCCCGGUUGCAAUGUGGGAAAAUAUUAUUCGAGAAACACUUAAUAGGAUUCGACCUACAACAAACAAGAUUAAAUCGUUCAGUGAUCCUCCAUCUCCUUCAAAGUUUAAGCCAUCUGAUGAUAUACCUGAUAUUGAAGAAGAGAUAUUAGUUGAUAGUGAUAGCGAUAGUGAUUUAAACGACGAACUCUAUGAUAUUGGUGAAGAAGUUCAUCCAUUAAUAAAUGAAGAAGCAUCAGAAGUGUUCUGUAACUGCAAGGAUGAUUUUGAUGUUGAAGCAACAGAUCAAAGCACAAGUGAGGAUGUGAUUUUGGAUGCUGAAAUGGUUGGCAAAGCAAAUCUAAGCAGGCAAUAUUCUUCUUCAAAGAGGUUGAAUCGACUUAAUUGUUUAAAAACUUACGAUGAUCUAUUAAUCGAACAAGGUCUAGCUAAUGUGAAGUUAAAAAAGAUGCUUAGUGGAACUGAAAGGAUUGGUUUAAGUUGGCCAGAGCCUCCAUUAAACUUGUUAUCACAACAUUUGUUAGAGAGACCAACUUCCUUUAAGCCAACUAAAUCAUUCAAACCAUCAAAAUCUUUUAGAACAUAUACUUCUUUCAAGUCAACAGAUGGAGCAUCAGAUCUAGCUUUGCUUGCAGAAAUUGAUCUCGAAUCUCUUAUGAAGCGAAAACGAAGAUCAUCGUUUGUAAGGAUAGUAAGUAAGCAGAUGGUUGGUAUUUUCCUUACCAUAUGGGUUCGUAGGAGCUUGCGAAGACACAUUCAGAAUGUCAAGGUGUCUACUGUUGGUGUUGGUGUUAUGGGUUACAUUGGUAACAAGGGAUCAGUUUCUGUGAGCAUGUCUAUUUAUCAGACAAUGUUUUGUUUCAUAUGCACUCAUUUGACAUCAGGUGAAAAAGAAGUAGACAAACUUAAAAGAAACACCGAUGUCCAAGAAAUACAUCGAAGAAGUCGUUUCCAUUCAGUUUCCUCUAUAGGCCUUCCCAAAAGCAUUCGGGACCACGAAAAAAUUAUUUGGUUAGGGGAUCUGAAUUACCGAAUCAAUUUGCCACAUGAAAAAGUAAGAGAAUUAAUUUCGAAGAAGAUGUGGGCUGAGUUGAUUGAAAGUGACCAGCUUGUUCGAGAGCUUAGAAAAGGUCGAGCAUUUGGUGGAUGGUCUGAGGGUGCUUUAAGAUUUCCACCAACUUAUAAAUACGAGAUCAAUUCUAACAAGUACAUUGGUGAUGAACCGAAAGCUGGGAGACGAACUCCAGCAUGGUGUGAUCGCAUUCUUUCUUAUGGUAAAGGAUUGAGGCAAUUGAGCUAUAGACGGGCAGAACUUAAACUUUCUGAUCAUCGCCCUGUGACAGCGACGUACUUGGUUGAAGUUGAGGUGUUUUCUUCUCGAAAGCUACAACGUGCCCUCACAUUUACUAAUGCAGAGAUUGAGAAUGAUGAUAUUGUAACAGACAUGGAUACUAAAGUUGGAAUGAGCAGUUUACAUUUGAUACAGCGAAUAAGACGAGCUCGAGCUUCUCCUAUCAACCUCGACACUUCUUCGUAUGUUUUCCCUUGAUCCAUGUCAAGCCUCCUCACCGAACAACAGGCGUACAUGAAGUAUCUAACUGGGAGCGUUAAUGGAAGCUAAACCUUAGAGAAAACAGAAAAGAGAGUUUGAUUAUUGAGAGUGAGAAUUUGUGAAAUUUUCUAAGAAAUAAUACCAAUUACUUAUUUAGUUCAUUCUUUUUCUUAUCAUUUUAUUUUUGUCACCAUUUCCACUACUACUAGUGUGUAUAUUUCAUUUACUAUUGUAAAUAAUUAGGGGGUCUAUUAAAUUACUCAGAGAUCUUAAUUAGAACAACAUUGUAGCAAUAUUGAGUUGUAUUUCUUGUGUGUAUAAAAUGUGUGAAGACAUAAUAAUACAAAAAUGUAUUUUAGUAAUUUAUUGUAAUACAACAUUACUUUCCCUUGA